AUGGAGGAUAUUGAUUGGGAUCUUCAUGCUGUGGUCAGAGGCUGCACCACCUCUACCUCCACCACUUCCACAACCACCACCACCACCACCACCAACAGCAACUGCAACAACAACACUACUGCUAGUGGAUAUAGAUCAGAUUAUUAUCCUCAAUAUUCUUGCUUUUCUGGUUUUGGUAGUGAACAAGUUGGCCAUCUUUUCUCUCAUCCAGAUCCCUUUGAAACAAGAAAUGCUAUUGGAGAGUUGCAUGAGCUGUACAAGCCAUUCUUUCCCAAAUCUCAGCAGCCCCUUUACUCUCCACAAUCCUGCACACCUAUCUCUUCUUUUUCUUCUUUUACCAGUUUUGCCAAGGAACAGCCAAAACAACAACAAAAACAGUCCCAGCCUAAGCAAUCUCAUGCCGGUUCUGUGACUAGCAGUGCAAAUUCUCAUACACCUCGAUCCAAAAGAAGAAAGAACCAGCUGAAGAAAGUAUGCCAAGUACCAGCAGAGGCUCUCUCUUCAGAUGUGUGGGCAUGGCGAAAAUAUGGGCAAAAACCAAUCAAAGGCUCUCCAUAUCCAAGGAGUUAUUACAGAUGCAGCAGCUCAAAAGGGUGUUUGGCCCGGAAACAAGUGGAGAGAAACAGAUCCGACCCUGUAAUGUUCAUAGUGACCUACACAGCAGAGCACAACCACCCUGCACCAACACACAGAAACUCUCUAGCAGGCAGCACCCGUCAGAAGACCUCAACACCACAAACUAGUACAGCUAUUGAUUCUGACAAAACAUCAUCACCAACCAAACCCACUUGCUCAUCUCCAGCAACUUCCCUGGAAGAUGAGCUAUUAGCUCAAAAUACUUCAAACACAGAGUUAAGCAGAGAAGAGAAAGAUAUAACGGAAGACGAUGAUGAAGAUGAGCUUGGUGGGUUCUCGGAUAUAGCUGUUAGUGAUGAUUUCUUUGCGGGUUUGGAGGAGUUUGUUGGUCCGGCCACAGGAGAUUACUUCUCCGAUCAUUUUCCUGCAAAUUUUGGCCUGCCCUGGCAUGCUAACAAUGCUGCCACAGCAGCCGGAAGUAUCUGA